AUGGCUCCUUCCCGCUUGAGUACCACGUUCCUCUCACUCUCAUUUAUCUUCUCGGUUCUUAAGCUAUGUCUCUCUAUUGAGAUUAAUAUGGAAGGACUACCAGAUACUGGACUGAAUACUUCGACAUGGGUAACGGGAGAGCUACCACCUCUCGAAGACAUCUGGGACCUCAAUGACAUCCAGAUCGCGGCCAAGAAUGUCUUAAAGCCCAGGUACUACGCAUCCUACAGGACCGCUGCUUUAGAUGAAAUAACAUACCAGGCGAACCUGAAUAUUUGGUCUCAAAUACGACUCAACGGAUAUAGCUUCCGGGAUGUCAGCAAUAUCACCACUCAGACGAGCAUCUUAGGCUACAACUUCACGCAACCAUUUUUCAUCGCUCCAGCGGCGCAAGCCGGACACGCGAACAAAUCGGCAGAGCUCUCACUAGCAAGCGCAGCCGGAAAGGCGGGGAUCCUAUAUGUCGGAUACGCCCAAAAGCCGAGCAUCUCCUCCACGAAGUCUAUAGAGGAGAUCGCUGCAGCGGGUCUUCCCAACCAGACCAUGUUCCAUCAAGAGUAUAUCUGGAGCAACCAGAGCAGGGUCAUAGAUGAACUGCAGCGGAUGGAAAAAGCGGGCUUCAAAGCAAUAUUCUUGACGGUUGAUAAUACCGGUGUGAACGGUAUCCGAACACGGUCAUUGAGAUACACUGGUGCACAGGACGAGACCGGCCACGACGCGGAUUUCGACCUCAACAGCCUAGCCAAUUUCCGCAACCUCACUACCCUCCCAGUUGUCCCUAAAGGCAUCAAGACCUGGCAAGACGCCAAGAAAUGCCUCGACCUCGGCUUCCCCGCGAUCUACGUGAGCAACCACGGCGGGCGCGUGCUCGACAGCGCGCCGACCGCUGUGGAGGUCCUCCUGGACAUCAGGAAGAACGCGCCGGAGGUGUUCGAGAAGAUGGAGGUCUACGCGGACGGCGGGGUGCGCAGGGGGACGGACGUGAUCAAGCUGCUUGCGCUGGGUGCGCGGGCAGUUGGUCUGGGGCGAUCCCCUAUGUUCGCGAAUAUCUGGGGUGAAGAGGGGGUAUCCCGGAUGAUCGACUUGCUUUCCACGGAGUUGAAGACGAGUAUGCAGCUCAUGGGGGUGAACGACGUCUCCAAGAUCGACGAUACCUACAUCAACACCAAGCUGGUCGAGAACAACUACAUCCAGUAA